GCUGGUUGGAAGGCAGUUUUGUGCUGGUCAGCGUCGAGUCAACAGCAGUGGGCCAAUUAUACAGAAGCAGUGAUUGAGGCAAAAUGGAUGACUUUGAGCAAAGCUAUCAAGAUGAUUACAAUUACACUUACGACAACGGUACUCCACCUGAGGAGGCAGUGCCAGUUUUCAAACACAACUCAAAGUGCUUCAAGGAAGCCUCCUGUGUGAUUUUGCUGGUGGCCAGUGUGGUCAUUUUUCUGCUCGGGGUCUGUGGAAAUGCGCUGGUUAUCUGGAUCUCUGGCUUCAAGAUGAAGAAGACAGUCAACACCACGUGGUACCUCAGCCUCGCGAUCUCAGACUUCAUCUUCUGUGCCUUUCUCCCAUUCAGCAUCGCCAACACUGUGAUGGAGGAGUGGAUCUUUGGGCUUAUAAUGUGUAAAUUUAUCUCUUCAAUGAUGUUCCUCAACAUGUUUAGUAGCAUUUUCCUGCUGGUCAUCAUCAGUGUGGACCGCUGUGUGUCUGUCAUGUUUCCAGUCUGGGCCCAGAACACCCGCACUGUUAGUAAGGCUUCUGUGGCUGUGGUCCUGGCCUGGCUGUUCUCCAUCGCACUGUGCAUACCCUCUGCCAUCUUUCGUGUCGUUGACAGUCAUCUUGGAAAGACCUCCUGCUUCAACAAUUAUACGUUACAUGAACACAGCCAAAUGAUAGUCACAGUGAGUCGCUUCAUCGUAGGCUUUGUUGUCCCUUUCUUCAUCAUCAUCAUCUGCUACUCAGUCAUCAUCAUCAAAUUGCGAACCAACAGGAUGACCAACUCCUCUAAGCCCUUCAAAGUCAUGACUGCACUCAUCCUUGUUUUUUUCAUCUGUUGGCUGCCAUACCACGUAUUUGUCCUGCUCGAACUCAACUACCAGCUCUAUGACCGUCACAUCUUAACAAAUGGACUCAAAAUGGGUCCAACGCUGGCAGCAGCGAAUAGUUUCCUUAACCCAGUAUUGUAUGUUUUUAUGGGCAAUGACUUCAGACAGAAGUUCAAGAGUUCUCUGCUUUCCAAGAUGGAAAAUGCAAUGGGAGAUGAAGGCCGUACCACAAGCCGGUACCUGUCCAGGUCCAGCUCUAUGGAUGGAAGAGCAUCCACACACAUCUGAAGCGCUGAGAGUGUCAUGACACUCAUUUAAAAAUUCCUCUGUUCUCUUCCUUUGUUGUAAAUAUGUAAUUACUUGAUAUUAGGUUACUCUAGAAACAAAGGAUAUGAUCAUUCAGUGUUAGAUGAAAUACCGCGUCAUUUGUAUAUGUGUAAAUUCAGUGUACAGCUGGUGGACAGUCACAUGCGGAGCUCAAGAUUCAAAUGAGAUUAGUCCAUUUCACUGUUAGUUAUGUAUAUUUGAUCCACUUUAUAACUUUUUGAGACAAGAGUAUUUUUCAUGAGCCCCCAUUUUGAAUAAAAAAAAAACAAAGAAAACUUAUGCAGUCAUGUCCAGUCCACCCUCUCUGACAAGCUAUUGUAAUUACAGCCCCUAAGGAAGAAAUGUUUUCUGUACUCUGUUUGUUAGCAGGAUUUUGCAAAAAAGAUUAAAUCGAUUUUCAUGAAACAUGGUGAAAUGGUGAGGCAUGGGCCAAAGAGGAAACGAUUCAUUUUGAAGCGAAUUAAGGAAUUUUGUGUGUGUGUGUGUAAUCCAUUAAUUUUAUUUCAUCUUCUUUAACACUGUGAAAUAGGGCAUUUCUCAACCUUUUAAUGAAUUUCUUAACCAAACAGCCAAAAUCUCUAAUAGUUAGAGAUAUGUGUAAAAUAUUGAUGGAUGUGUGUUUUAUUGGAAUUUUAACAUAAUUGCAGACACAUGAAAAAAAUGUGAAAGCAUGUCCUGUUCUCUAUUUGCCCUUUGCACACGUAACUACUGAACAAGUGAAAAGUGCAAAAGUGCAAUUUUUCCAAAGUGACAUUUUGUGACACACAAAAAAAUGUAACCUAUACCUUUAACAGGCAAGCAACGUUUCUUUGAUGAACCUCAUUACAUUUUCUUUUCUUUACUUAUGUCCAUCCUUUACUUGUGUUUUUCCUCACUAAAUCUAACAUUGCUUCCAUGAUAUGGCUCAAUGUUUUCCACAAACUCCUGCCUAUAACACAAAGGUGUUUUUUAAUGCAAUGUUUUACUGACAGUUGAAUAACAAAUAUGUCCCAAUUAUUUUUUUCCAGAUUCACUUUUGUAUUCAGAUUUAAUCAUUCUUUUGUAUUCUUUCAUCAUCAUUGCACUUAACAAUUGUCAAGCAAACGUUUAUGCUUUUGAGUUUUUUAGGGGAUUUGUUUGUGAUAUAGCUUUCAUUUGUGCACUGCUCAAAGUAGCUCAAUAAAAUGAGUAUUUUCCAAAAUAAAGACAACUUGCAGCAUGAAAAUUGCUGCAUCUUGUAUUUCUUGCAACUAAAACCUCAACUUGCCUGUUGCCCAGAGGGGGAUGUCCUAUGGUUUUCUGUCUUAAUACCACAGGGGCUAUUUUUGUGUUUGUGCAUAGAAGGGUUAUACGCUGCACACAGGGUGUUUUGCACAACUUAUUGUAUGCACUCAGGACAGGCUGGAAUGAAUGAAAAUUAAAAAUGAACACCAAAAGUAUUUGCUGGCUCUGCAGAUUUGAAUCUGUUUUAAAUAUGGGUUUGUUGUACUGAAUUCAAACCAUAAUGCAAUGCACGUCCAGCACACAUCAGUUAGCAGCAGCUGAGAAAUCCACUUUAUUGAAUGGUUAUUUCUUAUGUAAACACUGUAGUCACUGUGGUUGGUGCAGUACAGUGUUUGUGAUGUUUUCAAUGUUCCUCUUUUUCAAAAUAAAGAACAUGUAUUACUGC